ACACAUAAUGAACUGUGUGUCCAAAGCCAACAACAUCUUGACUGUGGUGAUGUUAUAAAUGGUUUUAUGUCUCACAGAUAGUAGGGCAAACCCCAUCCAGGAUGCUACAUCCCUCGCUUAGUGUCCUCGUUUUGAGACAAUAGAUGGACCACUAUCUUGACAAUGCUCUAAGCUAUAGGAUCAAGGAUGUUAUAUACAUCAAAAUUUCUUUAGUAUUAUGGUCCUAUAUUCAUAUAAAAGAACUUAUCCAAAGGCUGCAACCAGUAAUAUAUGGUCAUCAAGUUCUAGAAAUGAGAUUUUAUAUUUAUAUGUACAAAUAUUGGUGGCAUUAAUGUCUUUCUAACCAUUAAAAUUUGUCAAUAUAAUUUUCCAUCGGGAUGCUCUAAAGACUCAUUUUCUUAAAUUAAUUGCAGUUAUAUCAGUCACCGUAUCUGGAAUGUUGAUAGCUGUAGCCUUUUGCAUCUACAAAUCGUCACCAUAUACUUCAAUGGUGUUCUGCAACAAGAAAACUAUGGGUCACCAAAACAUCAAGGAAUUUUUAAGGAAGCAUGGAUCACUUGUACCUAAUAGAUACAGUUAUUCUAAUGUUAAAAUUAUUACCAAUUCAUUUAGACAUAAAUUGGGCCAAGGAGGAUAUGGAAGUGUUUACAAAGGUAGGCUACAUGAUGGUCGUAAUGUCGCAGUGAAGGUCUUGACUGAGUCUAAAGGUAAUGGUGAAGAAUUUAUCAAUGAGGUUGCCAGUAUCAGUAGGACUGCCCAUGUCAACAUAGUCACUCUUUUAGGCUAUUGUUUUGAAGGUCAUAGGAGAGCUCUCAUCUAUGAGUUUAUGUCGAAUGGAUCUCUAGAGAAGUUCAUAGAUAAAAAGAAUCCAUUGAAGUCGGAAACAUUGUACCAAAUUGCAAUAGGCAUAGCUCUAGGGCUAGAGUAUUUACACCGCGGUUGUAGCACAAGAAUUUUGCACUUUGACAUAAAGCCCUCGAACAUUCUCCUUGAUGAAGAUUUUUGUCCAAAGAUCUCUGAUUUUGGUUUGGCCAAAAUUUGCCCCAACAAAGAGAGUAUCGUAUCAAUGACAACUGCACGAGGGACUAUUGGUUACAUUGCUCCUGAAGUAUUUUUAAGAAACUUUGGAGAGGUCUCUCACAAGUCAGAUGUUUAUAGCUAUGGAAUGAUGGUUUUAGAAAUGACUGGAGGAAGACAGAAUAGAAAUGUUGAAGUUCAAAAUACCAGUGAAAUAUACUUUCCACAGUGGAUUUACAAAUGUCUUGAAGAAGGUGAAGAGCUUGGAUUGGAUGGUAUUUCAAAUGAAGAGGAUAAAAAUUGUAGAAGAAAGAUGAUAAUAGUGAGCUUAUGGUGCAUACAGACUAACCCCUCAGACAGGCCUACAAUGAGCAGAGUGGUAGAUAUGUUGGAAGGCAACCUUGAUUUGUUGCAAAUCCCACCAAGGCCUUUCUUAUCUUCCUUCCAAGAUCGCAAGUAGAUUCUUCAGCACAGUUGUUAAAAGUAAUAUUGUUGUACUAUCAUGUAACAAAUUGCUCCAACAAAGAGAGUAUUGUAUCAAGAAAACUUGAAUUCAUCAACAUAAAUGGAUGUCAAAGUUUAAACUAUCAAA